CACAAGGAGUAAAUCCCCGAGACGCACUCAUGGUAGAGAUGAUUCACUGAAAACAGCCUCUGUGCACGGACUUACUUCUCUGUGUGGAAACUUAAACACAACUGCCUAACAAACAUGAGCACACUUGCCAAAGCUCUGUAUGACAACACUGCAGAGUGUGCAGAUGAACUGGCCUUCAGAAAAGGUGACAUUGUCAUAGUGGUGGAUCAACACGUGGCCGGCACCAGUGGAUGGUGGAUGUGUUCUCUGUACGGACGGCAUGGUCUGGCUCCUGCAAAUAGACUGCAGCUCUUGCCACAAACCGGAGCCACUGCAGGCUUCUUACACCAAGUCAUGGAAAAACCCAAAUUAACUGAUGCAAAAACUGAUGACAGUAUGCAAAAUAUCUACCAGAUCCCCAGCGUACCUCGACCUUCCAGCAAUCCAGCCUAUGAAUGCAUGGACAAGAUGUACAAGGUCCCGUCCACUCCUUUAUCAACUUCAAAAAAUCUGUCAGCACUUAAGCACAGCCCAGAAGGACCUGAGGGAGACAAGCUUACAUUCUGCAAUCUUGCGUCCAGUCCAAAAGGGGAGGUUUACGACGUCCCGGUCCAAGCAAGACGAGUUUCUCUUUUCACUGCACCUUCAACAACUUCAAGACAUAUGUCUCGAAAACACUCACUGAUUCAAAUUUCAGAGCUGGAGAAGAGAUUCGAGGGUGUGAGGUGCAGCAGUCCAGGGGAUUCUUAUGUGUAUGCAGUCCCACCACCUUUGCCUCAGGACCCAAACUAUGACAUCCCUGUUCCCUCAGCCACAGAAACCCAACAGAAUAUGAUCGGUGUAUACAGCACCCUUCCCAACCCCCGCAAGCCUGAGUGGAUCUAUGAUGUGCCCGUGGGUCCUGAGAAAUUAAGUCCACCCCAGGGCUCCUAUGACACCAUGCCACACAAAGCUGUUUGUAGGCAGCUCUAUGAUACUCUUCCAGCACAUGCUUGGCCCACACAAAGAUGCAGUCCAACCCCCUCAGUUUAUGAUAUACCAAAACCCAGUUCACUUGACAUCUCGAGUCCGCCCAAAGUGGUCCCAAUUUAUGACAAGCCCCCUACGCAGAUGACUACAGAGGAGUCAGUAUAUGCUGUCCCACCCCAAGAAGAACCCUUCACCCGAGUUCUCAGUGAUCCCCCCAGUGAUCAUAUACCCCUAGAGUGCAGAGGUGACUCAGGCAAUGUUCAUGAACUCAAUAGAGUGUGCCUGCAGAAAAUGAGGAACUUUCUGGCCUGUACGUCUUUCCAUGACCUUCCAGGAAGUGGGGAGUCACUGGUGCAGGAGGACAGCGAGAGAGGUAGAAUCCUACAUCUCUCUGCAGCAGACAGUCAAAGAAUCAGCACGGCCUCCAGCUCUUCCACCAGCUCCUGUGACUCUCUGGCUCUGAGCUCGUCCUCUCCAGAGCCUUUGCGAGAGGUCACGCUCAGCCAGGAUGAGGCCUGCCGCAGACUUCUGGAGCUGCAGGAGUCCAUUUGCAGGGCCGUGCCCCGGCUCAUGGAGUUCGUCAGCAGUCACUGGAGGAGCAAAGAACAUCUGCAGAAACACCUGCAGGAGAUCAAAGAAGCAGCAGAGGCCAUCGCAUGUUCUCUGACAUGCUUCCUAAACUUUGCCCUGGAUGUAAAGGGUAACGCUCGUCGUUUGACUGAUGCCAACCUUCAGACGAGGCUCUAUAAGCAGCUGUCCAUCAUUGAGGACUCAGGUGUGAUCCUACAACAAACAGUGGGUGCUCUGAACAUGGCCGGCUGGCCGCUCAACACACUGUGCCAGGACCCGGGGCAGGUCCAGACACCUGACCAACUGGAGCGCUUUGUCAUGGUGGCACGAACCAUUCCAGAGGAUGUCAAGCGCCUGGUAUCCAUCAUCAUCGCCAACGGCAAGCUUCUAUUCAGAGCUUCUCAGAAAGAUCCACAGCCUCUCAACAUCACAGCUCCGCCAGAGACAAAGAAGGGUCCCAGUGGAGGCGAACAAGAGGGGGACUUAGUGGAGGACGACAAUGACUAUGUAGAGCUACAGACUAAAAAUGACUUUGAAAAGCAGCAAAAGAAACUGCAAAGAGAACCGAAAGAAAAUGUCACACCUGUCUCUAACAAGGCACAGGUUGAUAACAAGCGUCAUUCCUCUGAGUCCAGCAGUGGCACAGAAGAGCAGCGAUCAUCUUCCCUGUCAGAGCACUGUCGGCUUUACUUUGGCGCCCUCCAGAAGGCUAUCAGGGGAUUUGUGGGCAGCCUUCAGGAUGGCCAGCCACCGGAGAAAUUCAUCUCGCAAAGUAAGUUGGUAAUCAUGGUGGGCCAGAGACUGGUGGACACUCUGUGCAGGGAGGCCCAGCGUGGAGGGUCUGGCCAGAGCCUCCUGUGUAAGAGCAACCACCUGUGUGCUCUCCUGAAGCAGCUGGCUGUGGCCACCAAGAAGGCGGCGCUGCACUUCCCGGAUAAGCAGGCUCUGCACGAGGCCCAAGAGUUUGCAAAGGAACUGGCCCAACGAGCGCAGCACUUUCGGAUAUCGCUUGACCUCUGAGAGCACAUAUCAAGCAUAUUGAUUUGUGUCAGCAAAAGACAUUGGUGUAUUCAUCAGUCCAUCUAUGUCUCUGGUCAUUCAUUUCAUAUUCAACUGUUAUGAAGCUUCGUAUCCAAGAAGAAGAAGGUCAUUGCUUUUAGCUGAAUGUUAUUAUCAUAAAGAAUGCAGGCACAGGUUAAAAUGGUCAAACAGAACAAUUAAUACUCAAAUAAAAGACUUCUACACAAUGGAAUUUCAAAAUAGAUUGCACAUUUAGGAUACUGUAUUCAAACAUAUUUUAAAAUACAAUUUAAAUAUUAAGUAUGAAUUCAUUUGUUUUAUAUAAUUUACAACAGUUUUAUAUUCUUUGAAUAUUGUUUGUUUUGUGGAUGUUUAAUGUAUUUUAUUGUGUAAGAGGUACACUCUGCAGGGUAGUAGUUUGGUAAAGUCUACUUUAUGUGAAUAUCUGUGUAAAUAUUCUAAAAAAAAAAAAUGUGUUAUGCAUUCCCAAACAAAAGACUAAGAACAACACCUGUAGGAUUUUUAUUGAUAUUAAAAUUAAA